CGCAUCUCACACCUAAAUCCUACUCCAGGCAGACUGGCCACCCUAACCGCUGCAUCGAGCUGUCAAAAAUUUUGCUGACUGCCAAAAAGCAUCGCACCGCACGGCCACACGCACACAACCCAACCGGUCCGUGGCAAAAAAUCGAACUGCGUCAAGAUUUUCCGUCAGCGUUUUCAACUCGGUGAGCAUUUCUGUUGUGAAAAUCGGUGAAAAAUUGUGCAUUUCCCGGUGAAAACCGUCUCCCGUUGUAAAACUCGUUGCCGCGAACAAAACGGUACCAAAAUCGUGCGGUUCGCGUCGCGAUUCGUGCGUAAAAAACUGUUUACAAAAGUGCCAGGAAUUUUUCUACUCCGGGCGAUUGGUUCUUUUUUCGCUUUUCGCUUGUGCCUCCUCCCGUUUGGGGACGGCUGCUGGCUGGCUGGCUGGCGGGUUUGCGUGUGUGUUUGUGUUGGUAGAUUUUUCCGAUUCCGCCGUGGUUUGUAUACACAACACAGGGAAUACACGCUUGCGUGAUUCUUUUUUCUUCCGGAGUUCUUUAUCCUCGGUGGUUCCGUGGUACGUACGGCGGAGGUGGCCACCGUACAGAAAAAGCACGAUACGGGGCGCUUAGUUACGGUGCGAUGUGAAAAAUGCGACUGAUAAAUAAAUCGAGGUGUAAAGAUGCUUUAUAAAAAAUUCCGAUAUUUUUGGAGAAGCUGAAUGUUUUUUUUUGUGUACCUACCUAGUGGUGGAAAUAGUGAAAAAUCAUGUAAUAUGUCAGUGUAAUUCUGUCCAAAAAACCGGAUACAUCUUUCAAAACCAUCUAGAACUUUGAACGAUUUCAAGCUUCGAGACCCAGUGAUGAAACUGUUCGCCCACAAUAAUGGUCGUCACAAUGGAUUGUUGUCCGUGAAAAUUUUGCAGUUCCCACAGCGGUUAUCUCAUUGUACGUAUCACAGCAGUAGAACAGACCACCAAGAAGACGAUGAGUGUGAACGAUGAAAGUGGAUCGGCGAACGAAUCUGUGGCUAGCACUUCCGCUGGAGUAACUUCGGCAGCAGCAGCAGCAGCAGGAACGGCCACAGCUACCAGCGCCUUGGAGAGUUUGACGAUACGGGACGACCUGUUCAAGAGUGUCAAGUGCUUCGUUACCGGAACGCUAGAUCCAAAGAUCUCCAAAUUGCUUGAAGAUGGCGGAGCGUCAAUCUCCUCGUAUAUGGACUUUAUUACGCACGUAAUUUGCGGUGCCAACUACGAUGAAAACGAUAUAACUCAAGCAGCGGAACUGUACGACGUUCCAUCUGUUACAGAAGCGUGGGUUUUAGCAUCGAUAAGACUUGGUCGGCUGGUGUCCACGAAGGCAUAUUUCCCGCUGAAAUCAGCCUUGUUCAGCAAUCUUACUUUUGCUGCUACUCAGUUGGACAACCGUGACCUGAAAAAGAUAUACGCUAUUAUCACGUUCCACGGUGGCAAUGUUCGAAAUCUGUUUGACAAACAGACAACUCACUUGAUUAGUGGAAAUACCAAGGGUUCAAUCUACGCUAAAGCUAUCACAGUCAACGGCGUAGUCGUUGUUACACCAGAUUGGGUCACUGAGUGUCUAAAAGCAAAGAACCUUAUAGCUAGUGAACCAUAUCAUCCACGAUUGGUCAUUACCCCACGAUUAUUCAAGCAGGCUCAACGCCCGGCAACUCCCGCACAGAAAGCGGAAUCAGAAAAACCACUAUCAAACAUAAUUGGUUUCGAUUUCGAGGAAAAUAUUGCUAAAACAGAAGUUCCCACAAGUAGCAACUCGAAGAAAGCAGAAGAAAUCCCAGUGACGCAGGGUCAAUCUGUGACUCAAGAACCUCAGAAAGUAUCAACAACCCCAGUUCAAGCGGUACCAGUUCAACAAACAACACAACCUCACCAUCCACAACAGCAGUCUCCUCAGCAGCAAGCCCAGUCAAAUUUCCAGAACCAACAGCUACCCUCUGGACCAAGACUGAUCAGGCCUCCGGCAUCUCAACAAGCACAACUUCAGCAACACCUGCAUCAACAACAAAAUUUGCAGCAGCACAUCGUACAACAACAGACGCAGAAUUUGAACAGACCAAGCGGACCCAUAAAUCAAGUUGUGCAACAGCAACAGAUUCUCAUUCAGAAUCAACCGAUUUCUCAGCAGCAGCAACAACAACAACCGCAAAUACAAUAUCAACAGCAGCAACCUAACUUGCCACCUCAGCAACAGUUUCAAAAGAUCACAAUGCAGCAACAACAGAAUACUCAGCAGCAGCAACAACAACAACCACAGCAACCGAUGCAACAAAUUCAAUUACAACAGUCAUCUCAGCAAACACCGCAACAACAGCCUCAGCAGAUAGUAACUCAAGUGCAACAGCAACCGCAGCAGCAGCAGCAACAACAACUUUCCCAACAACAACAACAACAACAACAUAUUCCACAGCAGAUUCAACAGCAGCAAAUUUCACAACAACAUCUUUCCCAACAGCAGCAACAGUCGAUACAAGGACAAAGUAUUGUUUUACAACAAACACUGCAACAACCAUCGCAACAACAACAGCAACAAUCACCCCAACAAUUACAGCAACCACAACAGCCGAUGCAAUCCCAAAAUCAGUCACCUAUGCAAUCAUCAAUGCAACAGAUGCAGAUGCACCAGCAGCAACAAUUGCAACAACAGCAACAACUGCAACAGCAACAAAUACAAAUUCAACAGCAGCAACAACAACAACAGCUUCAAAAUGUUCAACUUCAACAGCAACACCAACAAAUGCAGCAAAUACAGCAACAAGUUUUGCAGCAACCCAAUCAGAUACAGUUACAGCAGCAGAAUAUGCAACAACAAACUCUACAGCAACAAGUUCAACAUAAUGUAAAUCAAAUACAGCAGAAAAUGGCACAACAACAGCUUUUGCAACAGCAACAGAAGCAAAUGCAACAACAACAACAACAACAACAACAGCAACAACAAAUCUUGCAGUCCCAGCAACAACAGCAGGUGCUGCAUCAACACCAGCAGCAACAACCGGUGCAAUCCCAGCAGCAAUUGAUUCAACAGAGCCAAAUUUCCAUGCAGCCAGGACAGCCGAACCAACAGAUAAUUCAACAGGUCAUUCAGCAGCCCGGCCAACCAAAGCAGAACAUUCAGGUUGUUUACAAGGGUGGCCAAAAUCUCCAACAACAACAGCAGCAAACCCAGCAGCAACAGCAAAUCCAGCAGAUUAUGUCAAAUCUUACCGCUGGCGUGGAAGGACCCAACGGACCGCAACAAAUUCAGCAGCAAAAGAUUAUUCGACAGAUAACAAUCAAUCAGGGCCCACCGACGAGUAUGCAACAACAGCAGCAAUCUCAGCAACAGUUGCAGCAAAUGCAACUUGGGCAGCCACAGCAGCAGCACCAGUUGCAAAUCAGCCAGCAGACGUUGCAGCAACUCCCGGGACAGCAACCUGGUCAGGUUCAGCAGCAGCAGCAACCCGUAAUGAUACAGCGAACGCUGUCCCAACAGCAGAUUACUCAGCCUGGUCAACCGGGUGGCCAAGGGGGUCAGAUGAUCUCGCAGCAGAAUAUCCAACAACUUCCGGGCGGUCUUGGACAGCAACCGAAAAUUAUCCAACAAACUAUUAUCCAUCCUCCAAGUUCGUCCAACUACCAAACAAUCACAAAACAGCUAAUAGUGGGCCAACCUUCGAAUCAGCAACAGCAACAGCAAUCGCAACAACAGCAAAUUCUACAGCAGCAACAAAUGCAGAAACCUGGUGGAGUUGGAUUGCCAUCGGGUCAACAACCGCAACAACAGCAGAUUGUGCAACGUAUUGUACAGCAGCAGGUUCUGCAAGGGCCGUCAACCGGUGGCCAGCCCGGAGGACAGCCUCAAAAUAUUGUCAUCAUCAAUCAGGGCGGAAAUCAGCAGCAAAUUAUCACUUCUUCUUCGGGACCUCUUCCUGGGCAAAUGCAAGCCAUGACGCAGCAGCAACGUAUCCAAUACAUGCAAAAUUUGCAACAGAAGCAACAGCAGCAAGGACAGCAAAUUAUUGUUAGUGGAGCUGGUCCGAUUCCUGGUCAACCACAAACGCAACAAAUUCUUCAGCAACCGGUUCAAUCAGGUCCAGGGAUGGCUCAAAACAUCGUUCAAAUCCAGCAGCGAACGUUGCAACAACAGGGCAUGCCAGGUCCGCAACAACAACAGCAGCAGCAGCAACAACAAAUUAUGACCUCUGUUGGCUCUGGAAUGAUGCCCGGUCAACAGCAGCAGCACCAACAACAGCAAACCAUUGUCGUUCAACAGCAGCAAAUGGCACCCGGUCAACAGCAAACCAUUAUUCAACAGCAAAUGUUAUCCCAGCAACAACAACAACAGCAACAGCAGUCCCAACAGCAGCAGUUGAUUAUUCAGCAGCCAGUGCAACAGGGUGGACAACCUCAGCAGCAAAUCAUACAGCAAACACUAUCCACCAGUGGAGGAACAGUUCAUCAGUUGUUGCAGCAGCAACCAGGGCAGCCAAAUGUUCAAGGAAUGGUGGUUCAGCAGCAGCUGGUUGGUCAAGGAACACCACAAACAUCACAAUCCAUGGAAGGUGGACAAAUAUUGCAACAGACCGGGCCUAAUGGUGAAAUCAUUCAGCAGCAGUUGAUUUCCGGGCAACCGACCGGGCAGGUUCAACAGCAACAGCAGCAAUGGACCCCACAGAGCCCUAACCAACCGAAUCAAUCCCCGAUUCAGCAGUUCUCUCAACCGCCGCAGGGAAUUCCUCCUGGCGCAACAAUAAUCCAGCAAACGAUAGUUCCACCUGGGGCUGCGAUUCCUGGGCAGCAAGUAACCGGCCAACCGGGUGGACCUGGACAGCUUGUAAGAUCUACCUUAAGACCGCAAGUUCAACGGCAGUUUAUUCAAUUGGAUCCGCAAACUCAUGCUACCUUGCAGAAAUUGGAUCCGGCCAGUCGUCAGGAGUACAUCGAUCGUCUGCAAGCGAGACAGCGACAGAUGUUACAGCGACACCAAGCAGCGGCUUUCCAGGCCCGACCGGGCCAUCCUGGAGCACAACCGGGGAUUAGACAACAACAUAUUAUUUACAGAGGUCAAAUGCCUCAAGGGCUUACACAGCAACAGCAGAUGCAGUGGAUUCAGCAGCAAACAGCUCGUCAAGGAGCUGUUCGUCAGGGAGCGCCUGGGCUUAGCCCCAUUACUCAACCAAAUGUGGUUCCUCCGGGUAGUCCGAUGAAUCAAUUCCCGGUGGAUCCAAAUGUAUCACCACAACAGCAACAGCGAAUACAACUGGAGCGUCAGCAGCAACAGCACCGGCUAAUUCAGAUGCAACUUCAGCGUGAGCAAGCCCAAAAAGGUGUUCCGGGCCCAGCUCAACAAGGUCAAGCGAUUUCUCCUCGAGGAGCUGGCGGUUUUCCACCGGAUGUGGUUGGUGAUGGAACGGCGACCAUUGUUCAGCAAACUAUUGUGGGUCCACCUGGACCGGGCCAGCCCCAGGAUCCUAAUGUUCCGCCGGGCUCGCAACAAAUGAAAAAUCAAACCAAAACGGCUCUCGCUAAUAUGUUGAGCAAUCGGCUUGGAGCUAACGGCAGUGUAGUUCCUAACAUCCCGGAAGUAGCUGCGGCUGCGGAACCAUCUGCUGCUGGAACACUACGGAUGAUGACUGCACAGCAUAACGCGGCACUGCAGCAAACCAUGACACCACGUUCACCCCAGGAACUGUUGGCUAUGCAGCAACAACAGCAACGUCGGACACUAGGGAACAUAACCAACUCUGGGGCACCCGUCGGCGCAGUUGUAAAUCAAAUCGUUCAGCAAGUACCGCCGGGUACACCUGGAAUUCCGCAAUCUCCUUCCUCUAUGAAGGGUGCUCCGCCGUUCAGUCCCGCCCGUGUUCCACUGCCACGCCCUCAGUACUACGGUCAUAAUCCGAACCUUAAACUACACCCGGAACUGUUCCUCCUAGGUUGCACAUUCUUCAUUAUCGAGUACGACGAAACUCACAAAAACGACAUCGAAGACUGGAAAACCGUCAUCAAGAAGCACGGUGGCGAAAUAGAGCAGUACUACAGCCCAAAAGUCACGCACGUCCUUUGUCGGACGCAACGCCACGGGGUCGUCAUGCAGGCCAUUCGCGACUCCAAACGUUGUAUCACCAGCUAUUGGUUGAACGACAUCGUCCUCCAGAAACAGCUGCUUCCACCUUGGCAAGCCCUCCAUCUGCCAACGCCUUCCAUCUUCGGCAAUCAGAAACCGGCCCCGAAGCAUAACAUGUCCAUCACGGGCUUCGAAGGGGACGAACGUGCUCGCAUCAAGCAGAUGAUCGAGGAAUCGGGCGCCAAGAUGACACCGUACUUCAGCAAAUCCAACACCGUGCUGAUCUGCAAGCGGAUCGAUAACCAGAAGUACAAGUACGCCAAGGAGUGGAACAUUCCGACGGUCAACACGGUGUGGCUGAGCGAUAUCCUUCUGGGUAAUCUGAGCGCGAUGCAGCAGUGUGACGGGCCCAAGUACCAGCAGUUCAAUCUGAACUCGCCAUUCCGGAUCGACUACAACCUGGUCAUGCAUUUGAUGACUGCUUGGAAAUCUCCGAUCAACCUUACCCCGGAAUCUCACGAACGGGUCAAACGAAGCCUUUCCGAGCCGCCCCAGCCGGCGGCUACGGUGAAGAAACUGCGCACCCUGCCACCGUUGGAGCCGAUUCCGGCCGAGAUUAUAUGCCAACGGCAACCGGAUGCCGAUAGUAUACCAAAUAUCCUGUUCUCUCAGAUUGAUAACACUGAAGGGCUGACGAGAGCUGUCAUGACUCUAGGAGGUCGCAUCGCCAGUGGCCCGGCUGACGCAACUCAUCUGGUUAUGACCCGGGUGGCACGAACCGUCAAACUGAUAACGGCGCUAAUCACGGUUCGAUAUGCCCUGUCGAGCAAGUGGAUCACCGACAGCGCCACAGCUGGGCACUUCCUGCCAGUGGAAUCGUACAAACUGGACGUGAAAGAGCUGGACGAAAUGUUCAAGUGCGAUCUGUACAAGGUGCUGGAAUCGCCCAACCGCAGCAAGCUCUUCGAAGGUAAGAUUUUCUUCAUUACACCUCAGGUGAAACCAUCCAGCAAGGAUGUAAAACAGAUGAUCGAACUGAGCGGUGGGGUGGUGGAAAAGAAUCCUCGUUCGGUGAAGAAGAUACGAGAAACGAAUCUGGACAAACCGGGAACCUAUGUAAUUAUUGGUUGUCCGGAAGAUCGGAUCUUUAUUCAACCGUUCAUCCAGAAAGGCAAGCACGGUGUGUGCCAGAUUUGUACGACAGAGUACGUUAUGCAGUCGAUACUGCUACAGAAACUCACCAUUGAGCCGCACAUUAUCAAGUGGGAACUCGGUUCAUAAGGGUGUAGCUCAUUGGCAUGGCAAGCAAUAAAAGGGGCAACAUUGGUUUAGAGUGUAUUACUAUUGAGGUUUUAUAGAUCUUGGAAUAUUAUCAGAGCUAUAUAAAUGAACUUAACUUAGGUUACGUGGAAGAUUAUUUAUAGUUACUAUAUCGAGCGGAUAUAUUUUCAAAGAACGCUAUAUCGUAUGUGUUUAAAGCUGACAGAAGAGUAUCAUUGUAAUUCAUGGAGCAAAUGCAACGCAGGUUCGAGGUAAUGCUAUUGAUCGAAGUAAAUAUACAUACGUAUGACAGUAUAAAUCACGAGUGCAUUUUAAUACCCCGUAGAAUAUGAACCAUACACACAUACAGUUUACAUUAAAGAAACAUACCCCUAAGUCAGAUAUAUACUAAGAACUCGAUGAACUUGUGCUUCGAGAAGCUCGAAGACAUAUUGAAUGCAGAAAUAUGACGCUAAUUUAUAAAAUCAAA